AAGAGAGUUGCGCAUAAACAUAAAAGAACACACAGUAGCGAUAACUGCGAUAAUGAAUGUGAUAUUUGCAAGAAAAGAUUUACAAGAAAGUCUUCGCUUACUUACCACAAAAAGCAUCAUUUGUUGUGCAACACUUGCAGCAGAGAGAUUGUUCAACCGCAAGAUUUGAAUGAACAGUUUUUCGUGUUUGAACACAAUAGAAAAUAUAGCUGCAGUAAAUGUGAUAAACUAUGUGUUAAUUUCACGAAAUUGGUACGACAUAUUUCAAGGGAACAUGGCAGUGAUGGAAACUAUCAGUGUGGUUCAUGUCAAGAACUUAAAUCAACAGAACCAACUGGUGUUGGAUAUGUUUGUUGUGUGUGUGAUGUUGUGUUCGAUAUUCCCGGACAACUUGAAGAUCACAUGGCCAGUCAUGACACGAUCUCGGCUCAUAACUAA